CUCAUUGGCCGGUCCUGGCGCUCAGGGCCCGUCGGGGUCAGCUGACGGGCCCGUCCGGGUCAGCUGCCCGGCCCCCGGAGUCGGUCUUGGCCAUGAACGCCUCUAGAGGAAGGAGGCAGGAAGCAGCAGGGCCCAAGGGUAGAAGGGCUCACAGACCCCGGGAACAGGACCGGGAUGUACAACUGUCCAAAGCUCUGUCCUAUGCCCUGCGCCACGGGGCCCUGAAGCUGGGGCUUCCCAUGGGGCCCGAUGGUUUUGUGCCCCUGGACACCCUCCUGCAGCUGCCCCAGUUCUGCAGCUUCUCAGUUGAAGAUGUGCAGCGUGUGGUGGACACCAAUGGGAAGCAGCGGUUCGCCCUGCAGCCAGGGGACCCCGGCACCGGCCCUCUCAUCCGGGCCAAUCAGGGUCACUCCCUGAAGGUACCUGAGUUGGAGCUGAUUCCCCUGGAGACCCCACAGGCCCUGCCCCUGGUGCUCGUCCAUGGCACAUUCUGGCAGCACUGGCCAUCCAUCCUGCUCAAGGGCCUAUCCUGCCAGGGGAGGACGCACAUCCACCUGGCCGCGGGACUGCUUGGGGACCCUGGUGUCAUCAGUGGCAUGCGGCCAAAUUGCGAGGUGGCUGUGUUCAUCAACGGGCCCCUGGCCCUGGCAGAUGGAAUCCCCUUCUUCCGCGCUGCUAAUGGGGUGAUCCUGACUCCAGGGAACGCUGAUGGCGUCCUGCCUCCCAAGUAUUUCAAGGAGGCCCUGCAGCUACGCCCCACCCGAAAGCCCCUCUCCUUGGCUGGUAAUGAAGAAACAGAGUGUCAGAGUGACCCCAAGCACAGCUCCAGAGGAAGAAGGAUGACCCAACAAUAAAAUAUUUUUUUUAAUGUAAAAAGAUAACAAAAGAGAAACUCCAGUUUGAACCUAUGAGUCAUCAUCCUGUAGCUGUAGCCAGUCUUCCUCAUGUGCUCAGGGACUACAGCUAGGUCAGGGGUGUUGGUCUUGGUCACUCAAACAGGGAAGGGCGGGUGCUGUACAAACUAGAGCCCCCUCUCCCUAGCCUGCGGGAUGGCAGAGUCUGGCCCAGCCAGGUCCCUGGUCUACACAAGGCCAGUGACAGUGGGUGAAUGUGCCCAGCUCGGUCAGUGCACGUCUGGAGAGGAUGUGGGAAGUGAAUCCUAAUGGGUGUGGGCUUUGGAGCGGUCAUGGAAGGUGGUGAGUGGGGCGGGGGCAGUAAGACAGGCUUCAGAAGGCCUCGUGGCCUCCUGUGAGCUGCAGGAAGAGGUCCUCGUCCAGCUCCUCCCCGCGGGCCCGCUCCCGCGUUGACAGGAAGAUGUAGCCCCCAAUGUACUCAUGCACGAUGCGGCAGCUGGCAGAUACGCAGCUGAAAGCCACGUUGAUGUGCUCGUCAAACUCAAUGGCUACCUGUGGGGUGGGCAGUCAGAGGGCUGGUCGGGGGUGGGAUGAGGGAGCAGCCCUGCCCUGGUUGGGUCUGGCCCAGCCCGUGUCCCUCCCCCACCCUCACUCCCGGCCCACCUGCCGGAUGUCCCAGUUGACAUUCCACUGGCGCAUGUUGCUGAAGCGCCAGGUCUUGACCACGUCGCCCACGGCCAAGUCGAUGCGGAUCAGUCGGUUGUUGGCGAUGCCCAGAAUCUCGUCUUUUCUGCUGCCCUUGAACCUGGUGCCCAAGGGGAGAGUGUGAGCCGGGGCCCCACCCUUCGUGGCCCCGGAGCCCUCCCAGACAGCCAGGUGCGGAGCUCAGCAGCAAGCUGGCAAGUAAAUCUCUUAGGUUUUCUGGGUCUCAAGUUGCUCAUCUGGAAAAUGGGGGUUAAUUACUAUAAUCACAAUGACAGCAUUUAGCAGCAUCAGUCCGUGCUUUUCGACAGCAGCUUUUUUUUGUAGCAUCGUCAUCCACUUGCUCCUAUCUUUGCAGGCUUGGAAUAGGGGCAGUCACAGGGGCACUUCCUGACACAGCAGCCACCCAGCCCUGUCCUGCAGGAUGGAAGCGGGUGCACGCAGGCUGCCCUCGGUAAGGUCUCCCCGCAGAGGACGGGAAGGAAGGCUUCAGAUGGCUUCACCAUCUUCAGAGAUGGUGCUUAGCAGAAUGGACCGGGGUGGUACUCAUACCUGACCACCACGUAGGAGAUGCCGAAGUCAGGCAGGGACUGCCAGGCCUGGAUGAAGCGCAGCUGGGCCUCAGACAGCGAGAGUUGGGCCACAUUCUGGUGGGCUUCCAGGAUCCGUGGAGUGAGCUGCGGGACAACGCUGGUGAGGGGCUGCCAAGGUCCCUGAGACCCCCUGCCUGUCCCCAUCAGGGAGACAGGAUGCUGAACCUGGGGCAGGGCCAGUGCCCAGUGUGGGUCCACCUGAGUGCACCCUCUCACCGUUCAGCACAUGUGAGCUGAGCCGGGCCCUGAGGUGGACAUGGGCAGCUGGACCGUGACACCCCCACAGAGGGUGGGGAGCAGCACGCUGUCUCAGGGACCCAGGUGGGAGAAGGAGCGAGUGAGCGUGUGCGUUUCCACAGGAAGGCUCUGUGGACAUCCAGGGCCAAGGGUGGCCGGUAAACCCUCUGGCCAUUCCCGCCACCUACUCCCUCUGGCACCUGCUUGGCCUUGAACUUUCGCUGGAAGCGGGGGGCGACAAGCCCGUAGGGGUUGAGGCCCUCGGCGGAGGCAUCAGGGCCCUGGGGGUGGUUGCCUGAGCCCCCGCCGCCUGUCCGCUGCAGGCUGAGGAAAGCCAGGAUGGCCUGCACCUCGCUGGAGUAGCUGCUGUCCGCCAUGGUGCGGCCCUUGGAGGCCAGUCGGCAUCCGGCCAUCCAGCGGGCGUACUGCUGCUCCUGGGGGCGGGGGAGAGGGAGGUGAGGGGCUGGCGAGGCUCUAGCUCAGCCCCUGCCCUUGGCCUGGCUCAGCCCUGGCCCCUGCCCAGCCCUCACUCACAUCCUGGCACCGCAGGUAGAUCUCACUCAUGCCCUCAGGGGAGGGCACCAGGAGUUUAAUGCAAAACUUCUGGCCUGAGACGUUGACAUCAGGGACCACUUCACAGCCUGGAGGAAGAAGGGGGGGGGCUAGGCUGGGAGAGGGAGCCCUGUUGAGAGGGCCCUGGGUGAAGGCCAGUCCUGCACAGUGGCCACAGGUCAGAGGGCAUCUUCCCUGCCCCCAGGAGGAGACAAGUGAGAGCAUUCACCUGGCCAGCACACAGCCCUUGCCCUCUCCUGGCCAAUCCGCCCUCACUCACCCUUGAGGUUGAGCUGCUGAAUGGGGUCCCCGGGGGCCUCGUCCUGGCUCUUGUAGUAGGACAGCGUGGUCUCCUUGAACACUACCCAGUGCUGGCGGUACCCCUUCAGGGUCAGCUUCCGGGGCCUGAGGGUGAGGUGGGAGGUUCGUGACAGGCCCCCUCCCUCCCUCCUGGGCCCCUCCAGCAGGGCUGCCAAUUCUGGGCCCAGACUCACCGGAAGAUCCGGAGAUGGUCCUUGAGUUCUGGGAUGGUGGUGAGGCUGUCCUGGGGAGGAGAGGAGUCAGGGGGGUGCUGGUACCUGCACUUGACCCUGACCCCAACCCCUGACUGGGGCCCCUCCUCACCAGCACGUCCGUGUGCGCUGACCCCUCCAGCUUCACCUCCAGGUUGCUCAGGGCUGCAUCCAGGUCAUCCAGCCCCGGGUCUGUGCCAGGCGGUUCGUCCGCCUCCCCACUCUGGGACAGCUUGUUGAUGUGGUACUGGGAGGAGCACGUGACCAGGGAGGGCUGAGCGGGCAGCCCCUUAGCCCAACAGUGCCCUCAGCUGGGCUUCCCCGGAGGUGGGCCCCCGCCGGAACACCCUCCCUGCCCUGGGCCUGGCGCGCACCUAGCCACCCGGGGUUCCCAGGCCUGCCCGGCACCUGUAGGGCUGCAAACACCAUCAUCUCCUCCUCAGUGCAGUCAAUCUCCUCCAGCAGCAGGUCCCACCGAGCCUGCUCGUACAGCUGCGUCAGCCUCACCGGGUCUGUCUGGAGCGGUGGGAGGGGAGGCUGGGUUGGUCGGUGCUAACUGCCCUGAGCACCCCCUGCAGCCAGCUCCUGCGAGCCUCAGGCCUCAGCCCUGCCCUCUGUGCUGUGCAGGUUCAUUUGGUGGCUCCGCAACCCCAAUCCCAGCCUGCCAGCCCCAUCUGCCCAGGAAAGCGGCAGCCCCUUCCCUCUAAACCUCUCUGUGCAGAUAUUGAGUAUUUGUCUGCUGUGUGCCCUGCAUGCUGCUGAAUGGACAAUGGGGACCAAGUAAACCAGUCGGUAAAUAAGUGAAGUGAUUCAAAAGUACAAUCAAAGCGAGAAAGGAAGUAGCUUCCAAAGGGCAUCUCACUUGUGUGCUCAGGCAGGAAGCCCACAAGUUUGAUGGUGAUGAGAGAAAAUGGAACUGGGGUGCGGCUGCACUGAGACCUGCGGAUGGACAAGCCACUGAAGGGAAGAGUGGUAGGAAGAACAUUCCAGAGAGAAGGAACUCAAAGGGGGAUCCCAGUUACCCACAGAAGACCAAGCCCACGCUCCCUCUGAAACCUGCCAAAAUUGAUAGCAAAGGCAUAAGAAGGAUAAACCCAAAAGGACAGAGAAGAGAGAGGGGAGACAACUACGGCUGGUGAGAGAGACCGACAAAAUUUUGGAAGAUGAACAAGCAAAAACAUGGACAGGAACUGAGUUGCAGGGAAGGAGAGCUGGGAUCUCACACCCUUUUCCCUCUCUUGUUCUAUGGCAAACGCACUAAUGAAUUUUGUGACCACGUAGA